CCAUUAACUGGGAGCCACUUGCACCGUAUACCUCGACAAUCUCAGACGCGAUUUCUGCUGCUUCCUUGCCCUCCUUUUUCUGCUAUAAAUACAUCCCACCUUUCUCUGCUUUAUCCACAAACCAGAGUCCGGACGGCAUCACCUCUCCGGAGUUCCUGUAAUGGCUACUUUUCCUGCUACUGUCUUCUUCUUCAUCAAUCUCAUUCUGCUUGGCGUUGCAUUGGAAGAUCUUGAGGGACUUCUUCCUAAUGGCAACUUUGAGGAAGCACCCAGUGCUUCGAAUCUCAACAAAACAGUCCUUACAGGCAGGCAUUCACUGCCCAAAUGGGCCAUCCAUGGCCUGGUUGAGUAUAUCACAGCCGGUCCACAGCCUGGUGGCAUGGUUUUCGCAGUGCCACAUGGCACACGCGCUGUCAGGCUUGGGAAUGAGGCCUCAAUCUCCCAGCUGAUCCAUGUGAAGCCAGGGGCUCUUUACGCUCUGACCUUCAGUUCCUCAAGAACAUGUGCACAAGAUGAGGUGCUGAGGGUCUCUGUUCCACCUCUAACUGGUGAACUUCCACUCCAGACACUGUACAGCAGCAAUGGUGGCGAUACCUAUGCAUGGGGAUUCAGGCCAAACUCCACAACUGCUCUGCUGACCUUUCACAACCCUGGGAUACAAGAAGAUCCUGCUUGCGGACCUCUUCUAGAUGCUGUUGCCAUUAAGGAGUUAUCCCCCGUACUUCCAACGAGAGACAAUCUGGUAAAAAAUGGUGGCUUUGAAAAUGGCCCUAUUGUGUUCAAGAACACCACCUCUGGCGUCCUUCUACCCCCGAAACAACAAGACCAGAUGUCUCCUCUUCCUGGUUGGAUCGUGGAAUCCCUAAAAGCAGUAAGAUACAUUGAUUCUCGCCAUUUUUCUGUGCCAUCAGGGCUGGCGGCAGUAGAGCUUGUCGCUGGAAGAGAGAGUGCCAUUGCUCAGGUUAUAAGAACAAUUCCCAACAAGGUCUACAACAUGAGUUUCACAGUUGGUGAUGCAAAAAACUCUUGCCAUGGCUCCAUGAUGGUUGAAGCAUUUGCGGGCAAUCAAACACUCAAGGUUCCAUUUGUAUCCGAAGGAAAGGGUGGAUUUAAAACAGCAAGCUUCAAGUUCACUUCCUCUGGGAUAAGGACAAGAAUCACCUUCUUCAGCUCAUUCUACCACACAAAGGCUACCGACUUUGUUUCCCUUUGUGGGCCUGUCCUGGAUGAUGUUAAGGUUUUCCCUACCAAGUGAUAUUUCUUUCCCAGCUACAUGGCGAAGUUAAGUAGUUGCUAGUAGUCUCAUGCUAUGUAACUCUGGACACUGAAGAGUCAGAUGAUCUCUUCCGACUUCUACCGUUCUCUUUUCAACCACUGCUUUUAUAUUUUCAGUCUUUUUGAACUUAUUGAAUCAGCUGUUCUGCAUA